CCCGCCGCCACCGUCAACACUAAAGGGAAACAACCCGGUUUGCUCUGCGGUCUCUGCUCUGUCCUUCCAAUCCAACUCAAGAGAAAAGAGAGCGGCCAAAAAAAAACCUCGGUUAUUUUCCCCCUCUUUUCCUUUUUCUCUCUCUCUCGUUCUUCAGGUUCUCUCCGUCUACUCUCGUCGAAUUCGGAUAUUAUACACCAAGUCAUGACGGGUCAUCAACACCCUCACGUUGAGGAGACCUCAGUGGACAAGGGUCCGAUGAUUGCGGAGAGCAUGUCACCAUCCGAGGCAAGCACCUCUUCCUACAGAGCUGGGUCGGAGAAGCCUGACGCUGUCAGGCCCCCCUCACGAACAGUCUCACAUGAACGAAUCCCCGUCGAAACAGAGAAAGGCCAUCAUGACGGAACGCUAGAAGAUGAGGCUGCUGUGGCUGCUGCUAGCGCCCCGCUGGAUCGCGUGCCCUCUCAGGCACAGAAACUGGGGAAGAAGAAGAUCUUGGUCGUUAUGACCGCUCUCUGUUUGGCUCUGUUCUUGGCAGCUCUGGACAUGACAAUUGUCUCGACAGCACUUCCCACUAUUGCCAACCACUUCCAUGCAUCGGAGGGCGGGUACUCAUGGAUUGCGUCCUCUUACAUGCUGGCGAACGCCGCCUGUGUUCCCCUCUGGGGUAAGAUCAGCGAUGUCUGGGGCCGGAAAAAGAUCAUCCUGAUUGCCAAUUUCUUGUUUUUGGUGGGCAGUCUCAUCUGCGCGUUGGCAGUGAACCUGCCCAUGAUCAUCGCCGGCAGAGCGAUUCAGGGCGUUGGCGGCGGUGGAAUCAUCGUUCUAGCUAACAUUUGCGUGACGGAUCUGUUCAGUGUUCGGGAACGUCCGAUGUACUACGGCAUUUUUGGGUCGACCUGGGCCAUUGCAGGUGCCCUGGGUCCUAUUAUCGGAGGUGCUUUCACCACCAGUGUAAGCUGGCGGUGGUGCUUCUACAUCAACUUACCCAUCGGAGGCUUCUCGCUCGUCAUCCUCAUAUUCUUCCUCAAGAUCGAAGCCAGCAAAGUGCCCCUUCUUGCAGGACUCCGCUCUAUCGACUGGUCGGGCACCUUCCUCAUGAUCGGCGGCACGCUCAUGUUCCUCUUCGGCCUCGAAUAUGGCGGCGUCAGCUACCCCUGGGCGUCGGCCACGGUGAUCUGCCUGAUCAUCUUCGGAAUCGUGACUUGGGUCGUCGCCUUCAUCAAUGAGUGGAAGAUCGCGCGCUAUCCAGUGAUCCCUCUCCGGCUGUUCAACAACUUCCACAACGUGCUCAUGCUCCUGAUCAACUUCUGCCACAGCUUCGUCUUCAUCUCCGGCUCCUACUACCUCCCGCUCUACUUCCAGACGGUGCUUCUGGCGUCCCCGAUUCUCAGCGGUGUCUACGUCCUCCCCACCGUGCUCAGCCUCUCUAUCUUCUCCGCGGCCACGGGCGUCGUCAUCAAGAAGACCGGCCGCUACCGCGAGCUCAUCACCGGCGGUCUCCUCCUCAUGACGAUCGGCUACGGCCUCUUCAUCGACCUCAAGGCCUACGCUAGCUGGCCGCGCAUCAUCAUCUAUCAGAUCAUCGGCGGUAUCGGCACGGGCCCGCUCUUCCAGUCCCCGCUCGUCGCCCUGCAGGCCAACAUCCACCCCAGCGACAUGGCCGCCGGCACGGCCACCUUUGGCUUCAUGCGCCAGGUCUCCGCCGCCAUCUCCAUCGUCCUCGGCACCGUCAUCUACCAGAAUGUCUUCGCCAGUCGCAUGCCCCAGAUUGCUGCCGCCGUCGGAGCCGACAACGCCCACGCCAUCGCCUCCUCCUUCAGUGGAUCCCAGGGCGAUCUCCUGCGCUCCCUGCCCAAGGCCCAACGCCAGGUCGUCCUCGACGCCUACACCCUCGCCUUCAGCCGCAUGUGGAUCUUCUACUGUGCCAUCGCCGCCCUCGGCCUGGCCCUGAGCCUGCUCGUCCGCCCCGUCACCUUGAGCAGGGCCCACACCAUCGCGAAGACCGGCCUGGAGGAGCAGGAGAAAGCCCGCAAGGCCGUCCUGGAGGCCCAGCAGAAGCAACAACACGGCGAACCCCAGCCGAAGGAGGAGGUAUAGUGUGGAUACCACGCCACCUCACCCCGUUCCUUGUCCUCCACCGGCUCUCAAAUCCCUGCGAAUGGAGCAAAGGGUCAAGGUUAGGUAAAUAAUUUCAACUCCAAAGAAGAGUUGGAGCAUAUAUUCUUUCUACUUCAUAAUGUCUACAUAUUCUCAUUGUCCCCCUCUCUCCCCUUCUUCCCCAAGACCGAAUUUCAGGGCAAAACUGGCAUAUAUACUUCUUCAAAUGCCCGGGGAAAGCGGAGGUGGGAUUCUUCUCCUUCCUCAUUGCGUUGUUUGCAUUGUACUGCAUUGCAUUGCGAUCCAUUCAAGAAAAAAGCGGCAGCAUACGCAGGCAGCACUUACUUUACUCCAUGUGCGAGUGCUUCUCUCCAUCUACAAACCACAUAUACUUGUGAUUUACAGUACCACUGAAUCUGAUAUGACCAUACAUGAUUGAAAUGGAAAUGCAUGUGGAUUAUGCAUCAAGCGAGAU